CAUCGAUGUUUUUAUUCACAUCGAGGUAACAUGCUUCCUGAUGAGCAAGCCUCGGGAACAUUGGAAUGGCCCGCCUUGUCGUUGCCACAAACAAAUGGCGUUUGGCCACACCUCCAACGUACGAAGCCGGAAGAAUCCGUCAACGGACGCACGUGGAGGAAUAUGCUAUUCAACGGCAAGCGUCCCCGCUUAACUAUGGCUCCACGGGCUUUUUCUUAGAUUAUUGAGGUGCAAUUGUACUAUUCUUGCCUCACGAGAGGUGAUACAAUGGUUGUGAUGGCUUUGUAUGCUUAUGCAUUUGUUUUGAGCGUCCUGUUUCCAUCAUGCACAGAUGCACACAAACUUCCUCGACAGGGAAGUCUACUUGACCCAGUGUUAUCGAAUUUCACAAUAAACUCUACCACGAGCAUAUCGUCAACGUCUUCUGAGUACACAACCCCUACCGAUCACAUAACGAAUUCUGAUCAUAUCACUUCUCGUUCGACCCGUUCUACCGAGACAACAACAUACCUAACAUCAUCGCUACUCUUGAACAAAGAGACUCCAUCAGAGGUCAUUGUCGGCACAAGUUCGUUGGUAGCCUCAGAUAAUGGCACGUCAACACUUCCUAUCGAUCAAGCAACUUCAUCUUCAGAGUUUGCCAACGCAAAUGCAUUGGUCUCAUCAGACGGCGGCUCACUGUCUUCGACAAGCCAGAAUCAUACCACUUCGUACUUAGUGUCAGUCAAUGCAACAUCGUCACCGACCUUGGCUCAAGGAACAAGUGUGCCGUCAUCUUUGAAUGAUACACGUUCAUUCCAACUCACUACUAAGUCAUCUCACUCCUUCGAUCUUCCAUUCACAUCCAAUGGAGAAUGUCCAACGACUUAUCCCGCAGACUUACCACAGUCUUGGACAACAUUUAGUGACGCUUGCGAGGAGGCCCGCUCGUUCGGUGAACAUGCAGGCCACUCCGCGAUGGCUAAUACAUGUCUUCGCUCAUAUUGUGAUCUGACUAUGGACUGGAGUGUAUCGGAUUUCUUUGCAAAUCCCCCAAUGCUGAGCACAACUAUCACCCGGACAUUCUGGUCAGGAAUGCGCGGGGCAACCACCGAAUAUAUUUCAGAUGGUAAAACAUAUUACACUGCUCCAAUAACAGCCCAAAGCUACUGGGCUACUACAGUCACAGGUAAGUCACCUGUCCUUAAAUGAUUCUCUUCCCUGGAAUGACUGACGGGCCAAGCAAGGAUGAAUGUUGGCCAAGUCGUCAGUGCGAAGGCUCCCUGCUGUGACAGAUGUACCUUGCGGGCAGCGACAAUUGGUAUGUGACUUUGCGUUUAUGUGUGACUGGGUCGUAAUUCCCGCGAUCUUCAACCGAAAACAGCAUGAGAUUCUCC